UCUCUUUCUAAUUAGCUAUCUCGCUGCACUCUACUUAUACUAGUCAAGGAAGGCUGCUCAUUUUAAGCCUUCCAUUGUCUACAAUCUUAAAUAUAAACAAUCUCUAUCAGAUCUGUUCGUGAGUGAGCUUGCUGGAUUGAGCUAUGGCGGUUGGGUUAGCUUUAACAACUGAAGGUGGGCAAUACAAUGGCAGGAUGACUUUGCUUGUUGUCCUGUCAUGUAUGAUGGCUGCCACAGGAGGAAUUAUCUUUGGUUAUGAUCUUGGAAUUUCAGGUGGAGUGACCUCUAUGGAGUCAUUUCUCAAGAAGUUCUUUCCAAAAGUUUACACAAAGAUGAAGGAAGACACCAAGAUUAGCAAUUACUGCAAAUUUGACAGCCAACUGUUGACUUCAUUUACAUCUUCACUCUACAUAGCUGGCCUUAUUUCUUCUUUCUUUGCAUCACCUGUGACCCGUGCCUUUGGACGCAAGCCAUCGAUCCUUAUAGGAGGGGCGGCCUUCCUUGCUGGUUCAGCCCUUGGUGGUGCAGCUUUUAACGUGUACAUGUUGAUAUUCGGUCGUGUCUUGCUUGGUGUUGGGGUAGGAUUUGCUAAUCAGUCAGUCCCAUUAUAUAUUUCUGAGAUGGCACUUCCCAGACACAGAGGAGCAAUGAACAUAGGCUUCCAAUGUGGUGUUGGCAUUGGAGUACUUUCAGCUAACGUUAUAAAUUUUGGCACUCAAAAGAUCGAAGGUGGAUGGGGUUGGCGUAUCUCCCUGGCAUUGGCAGCAUUACCUGCAUCAAUCCUGACAAUAGGAGCACUUCUUCUCCCUGAAACACCCAACAGCUUAAUCCAGAACAGCAAUAAUCACCAAAAGGCCAAAAGCGUGCUGCAACGUAUACGAGGUACCACUGAUGUCCAAGCAGAACUGGAUGAUCUCAUCAAAGCAAGCUCAAUUUCGAAAACAAUCAACCACCCAUUUCAGAAAAUUAUACAAAGAAAAUAUAGGCCUCAAUUGGUAAUGGCAAUAGCUAUACCAUUUUUCCAACAAGUGACAGGCAUAAAUGUUAUUACAUUUUAUGCUCCAAUAUUAUUCAGGACAAUUGGCCAAAGUGAAAGUGCUUCACUCUUGUCUUCGGUCGUGAGUUCUGGCCUUGUUGGCACUACUGCUUCUUUCAUAUCAAUGCUUGUAGUCGAUAAGCUUGGCCGAAAGGCCUUGUUUAUGAUUGGGGGAAUUCAAAUGUUUGUGACACAAAUAACUAUUGGAGGAAUUAUGGCUGCUUUGCUAGGGGAUCAUGGUGGAGUAAGCGAAGGGUGUGCUUACUUAGUUUUAGCUUUAAUUUGUGUAUAUGUUGCUGGUUUUGCAUGGUCAUGGGGUCCAUUGGGAUGGUUAGUUCCCAGUGAGAUUUUUCCACUGGAGAUCAGAUCAGCAGGGCAAAGUAUUACAGUGGCGGUGGGCUUUCUCUUCACUUUUCUUUUUGCACAAACUUUUCUAGCUAUGCUCUGCCGUUUCAAGUCAGGGAUUUUCUUCUUUUUCGGAGGAUGGGUGGUGUUGAUGACUGCAUUUGUAUACUUUUUCUUGCCAGAGACUAAGAAUGUGCCAAUUGAGCAAAUGGAAAAACUGUGGAGGGAGCACUGGUUCUGGAAAAGAAUUGUUGGAGAGGUAGAUGAGAAGGCUUAUACACAAGGGGCAUGAAAUGUUAAAUUAGGUUGAAAUUUUAUCCUUAUUAUAUAUCUUUGUAAUGAAGAAAUAAGAAUUAAUUUCGUGAAAUUCUUAUGAAAAAUGAAACUUUCUUGCUUUUCUAAAAUAAAUUUCUAGGACUCCUCUAUAAAAUCAAUCCUGACACUAGGUGCAAUUAUUCUCCCAGACACACCAAACCGCUUAAUUCAGAAAACCAAUAGCCACAAAAAGACCAAACGUGUGCUUCAGCGUAUAAGAGGCACCGGUGAUCUCAUCAAAGCAAGCUCAAUCUCAAAAACAAUCAACUACCCACUUAAGAAAAUCAUACAAAGAAAGUACAGGCCUCAACCGGUAAUGGCAUCAGCUGUACCAUUUUCCCAACAAAUGACAGGGAUCAAUGUCAUAACACUCUACGCCUCCAAUACUAUUCAGGAAAAUUGGCCUACAUGAAAUUUCUUCACUCUUGUCUGCAGUUGUGAUUAGCGUUGUCAGUACUUCUUGUAUAUUCAUAUCUAUAUUUGCAGUGGGUCGACGAGUACCGUCUAUGAUUGGGGUAAUGGCAUCAGCCAUACCAUUUUCCCAACAAAUAACCAUCGGAGGGUUUAUGACAGCUUUGUCAGGGGAUCAUGGUGGAUUAAGCAAGGCGAGCGCUUGGUUUUAGUUUUGAUACGUUCGAUCAGCAGGGCAAAGUAUAACAGUAGCAGUCAGCUUUUUCUUCUGUUUCCUAGUUGGACAAACUUUUUCCGGCUAUGCUUUGCCACACGAAAUCAGGGAUUUUCUUCUUUUUUGGGGAUGGGUGGCGGUGAUGACUCCACAUUUGUGUAGUAGUUGUUGGAAAAGAAUUGUUGGAGAUCAAGUGGAUGACAGAGCUUACAAGUUAGCCAUAUCCAAUAUUGCUGGUACCAAGAUCCAAGCUUAGGGUUAAAAUUAUGAAAUAAUAAGAAGGAAUAGAGCGAUUAAAGGCAAAGGGUACGAGUUUUUCUAAUGUUUACACUCCGACUACGAGCAAGUCAGCAAUCGAUGUUAGAAGAUAUAGAAAGAAAAAAAUAUUGACAAGUCAGAUAUUGACAUUAGAAG